AUGUAUUAUCUUUCUUGCAGAAUUUCAAGUAACAUCGGAGGAUUUUUUUAUAUGGAAUUCAAAACACAUGUCAUAGCACAAUUUUUGUCACUACAUACCACAUACACAGUAAACCUUGUCUUCCUUCUGGACCCCAAAGUAAACUAUAAGGACUGUGAUGUACGCCUCAAGUACAUAUUGGCUGGGGAGACAAAACAUUCGACUUCAUAUUUGGCAGAUGAGGGAGAAGAUGGGUGGUUGAUAGCUGAAUUGUAUCAGUUUACUAGCACCACGAGAACUAUUGAACUUGAAAUUACUUUUGAAAGCUCACAUCGAAUUGGAGUAGAUGGCAUCGUGUUUUUUCCCCUAGAGAGAGUGGAAGAUAAAGCGCCAGAGGAUGAGAAGGUAUCCAUAUUAGAAUCAGACACAGAUUGGGAACUAAAUUUGCCACAUGAUUAUGAAGAGAUACUCUGCUGGUCAAAAGAUGCUUUGCAAUGUACAACAAAAAACGAGCUCUAUUCCAUUCUAUGCAAGGGCAUCCCAAUGAAUGAUGGUGAACUGUGGUUUUCUCUUGCAAAAAAUGGAAAGAAGUGUUUUUUGCAAUCAGCAACACUGGCUUUGGAUCAAAAAGGUUGGAGCUGGACUUCUUCACCCGAAUCAAGAUUUAAACAAGUGGCUUUUGAUCCAGUUUUCGACAGCUUUCACAUAUAUUGCAGACCUAGAAUGCAAUCACUUGGAAAAAACUAUGCUGCUUACCUUGUUUACAAAUUACAAGAAACCCAUUUUUGGUUUGAACCUCGUGUGCGUGUGAGGAGUUAUGAAUAUAAAAACGGUGAUUCAUGGUAUAUAUAUUUACUUAGUCCCCGAACACCCGUUAUUAAACCAAAGGCUUAUCAAAAUACCCACAACCCGUUGAGUAGACCCAAAAUAUUGGAAGGCCUCCCACAGAAAAGGAACGAUGGUUGGAUGGAAGUACAAGUAUUGGAAUAUCAAUUUGGUGAUACCUAUGAACGUUUUGUUGAUGAAAAGUGUGGGCAUGAUCUUCAAUUGACCUUUUAUGAUACCCCUUCAUUUGGAAUGAAAGGGCUUAUUGUGCAAGGCAUUGAGUACAGACCAAUUAUAUAAUCUUGUAAUAAUAUUUUAAUUCUCUAGCUACAACACAAUCUUAGUUAUAUAAUCUUGUAAUUAAAAACACACAUUGUUGAUUUGGUCUUUUCUCUUAAUUUCCUCAUAUCC